GAGUCGAAAUAAAGCAAAGCGAAUGAAACUAGAACUCGUCGAAGGAGAGUCGAAAAGCGAGUGCGGGGAGAAACACGUGCUCGGCGAUGCCAUCCGGGGAAGACCGAGGCAUGUGAUUGGCCGUCCCCAAAGCCGAGCUGGUACAUCAACGGGUCCCUCAGCUCGUCUUGUUUCCUCGUCCCUGUCGUCUCUCCCAUCACUACCAUGUCUUCCGUUGUACAGGCAGUCUCCAAUCUCAUCCCCUCGUCGGGAAAGGCAAGGGCGCUUGCAAAGCACGACAAUGAUGUCGUCAUCGUCUCUGCCGUCCGCUCUGCGAUCACAAAGUCGAAAAAGGGACUUUUCAAGGAUACCCGUCCGGAGGAGAUUCUCUCUGGUGUUCUUCGCGCGGCCUACACCAACAUUGGCCUCGACCCCUCACUUAUUGAGGACGUCACUGUCGGCAAUGUCCUCCCACCAGGAGGUGGCGCGAACGCUGCUCGCAUGGCUGGCUUCCACGCAGGCAUUCCAGUCACAACUCCUGUCGUCACCAUCAACAGACAAUGCUCAUCCGGUCUCGCUGCUGUGAACACUAUCGCCGCUCAUAUCAUCUCAGGACAGAUUGACAUUGGUAUCGGUUCUGGCGUCGAGUCGAUGACUUUCGGCUAUAACGCGGCCGCCAACCCAGAUGGCUUCUCCGAGGAGGUCCUUUCGAACCAGCUCGCUGCAGACUGCCUUAUCCCCAUGGGUAUCACCUCCGAGAACGUUGCCAACGAAUACGGUAUCUCGCGCGAUGUGCAGGACGCAUUCGCCGCCUCUUCAUUCCAGAAGGCUGCGAAGGCGCAGAAGGAGGGCCGCUUUGUGCCAGAGAUCACACCCAUCACCGCGCCGUGGAUCGACCCGAAGACGGACAAGGAGUCCAAAAUCGUCGUGGACUAUGAUGAUGGUGUGCGGGACGGCGUCACGAAGGAGAGCCUGUCAAAGCUCAAGCCUGCCUUCGCGAAGAAUGGCACCACACAUGCCGGCAAUGCUUCGCAAGUGUCCGAUGGUGCCGCCGCCGUCAUCCUGGCGCGCCGCUCUGUUGCACAGCGCCUGGGUCUACCCAUCCUCGGCAAGUUCAUUGGAGCAACGGCUGUAGGCGUCCCCCCGCGGAUCAUGGGCGUCGGCCCGCUGUACGCGAUUCCGAAAGUGCUGGAGAAAAACGGGCUCAAGAAGGAGGACAUUGACUUUUUUGAGAUCAAUGAGGCGUUCGCGAGCCAGGCGGUGUAUGUCGUGCGCGAGCUUGGCAUCGACGUGAACAAGGUGAACGUGUGGGGCGGUGCGAUUGCGAUAGGGCACCCGCUUGGUUCGACCGGUGCCAGACAGAUUGUCACUGGUCUCAACAUUGCAAAGCAGACCGGCGGCAAGAUUUUCGUUACCAGUAUGUGCAUUGGCUCUGGCAUGGGCAUGGCUGCUGUCUUUGUCAGCGAGCAGUGAGCUGCGAGCAUGUUGAUUUUGUGUGUUUGAUUCCUCUUGCCGGAUACCAAGGAGGGGGAGGGUAUGCCAUGACGUGCGGUGUAAUACCACGGGUUUUCGUUGAAUGAGACAUUGAGCUUUGUAUGCCUAUCUUUUUGUUAUACCACUGCUGAAAUGGAUCGUCGAUUCAGAAAGUAGCGAUAUAUUUUGAUAGGACAUUUCAUUGAGUGAUCGGGAGACGUUGAUGGGGAUUGUGUACAUACCGUCAAGAGUAUGCUAAGCUCAUUCAUCAC